AUGGCUUCUACAACAACGUAUAAUACUUUACUGAACUGGAGUUAUAAACGAUCUAACAAAGAUUCCACGAAAUGGCAACCAUGUCUGAAGAAAACAACUGGAAAUCAAAUACACACUGACUUGUUAAAUAAUGGUGAGAUCCCAGACCCAUUCAUUGAUAGGAACGAAAAGGACUUACAAUGGAUUGGAGAAGAAGAUUGGGAAUAUAAGACUACAUUCAAGGUUUCUUCUGGUAAGAAACACGAAUUAGUGUUCGAAGGGCUCGAUACUUUUGCUACUAUCUACGUUAAUUAUGAGCAAGUGUUAACUACUGACAAUAUGUUCAGAACUUAUACUUUGGAUGUGACAAAUUGCUCUCAAGAACUGAACGAAUUAAGAAUUGUUUUCAAGAGUGCAUUGAAACAUUCCAGGGCAUUAGAGGAGAAACAUGGGACGUUUACUUGCUUCAAUGGAGAGACUUCAAGAGUACAUGCUAGAAAAGCUCAAUAUCAUUACGGAUGGGAUUGGGGACCUUUGUUUCUUACAUGUGGUCCUUGGAAACCAGUAAAACUUGUCACUUACUCAACUGCAAAAAUAAACGACUUCUACGUAAAACCAACAGUCGAUGAAAAUCUACAUGCAGAAUUGAGUUUUGAAGUCGAAGUUGAAUCGAUAUCAGAUGAUUGUCAAUUACUGAUUGAGAUUUUUUCAUCUGCCGGUAAACUUAUUAAAACCAUCAAAGAAUCUGCAAAUAAGUCUUACAUCUUCGAUCCGAUUAAAUUAGAAGAUCCAGAAUUAUGGUAUCCAAAAGGUUAUGGAAAGCAACCUUUGUACAAGUUUGUGGCAAAAUUGCAACAAUCUGGUCAAAUAAUUGACUCUGUCGUGACCGAAGUUGGCGUGAGAAGAGCUAGAUUGGUACAAGAACCUGUUAAGAAUCAAGAUGGCUCGUCAUUUUAUUUUGAAGUUAACAAUAUCCCAAUCUUUUGUAAUGGGUCAAAUUGGAUCCCAGCGCAUUCCUUUUCUUGUUCAUUAACUGAUGAUGACUAUGUUGACCUAAUCAGAUUGGCAGAUGAAGGUAACCAGAACAUGAUUCGAGUAUGGGGUGGUGGGUUUUACGAAAAUGACAUUCUUUAUAAGCAGUGUGACAAGUUAGGAAUUUUAGUUUGGCAAGAUUUUAUGUUUGGAUGCGCUAUCUACCCUGGAUACAAAGAGUUCAUUGAUAAUGUAACACAUGAGGUUGUCGAUCAAUUGAAACGGUUGAGAAAUUUUUGCUCCAUUGUUUUCUACGUGGGAAACAACGAGGACUAUCAAGUUGCGGAAGAUUUAUACAAGAAGAAUACAUUCACUGAUGAAGAAUUCCCAGCCAAGAAAUUAUAUGAACGUAUUUUGCCCGACAUGGUUUCAAAACUAACCAGCGGAGUUGGCUAUCAAUUUGGAUCUCCAAUUAGUCCUGGCCAAGGGCUUCCAACAACAGACGUUACCGUAGGCGAUAUUCACCAAUGGAAUGUAUGGCAUGGAACCCAAGAGAAAUACCAAGACUGGGGUAAAUUAGUAGGACGGUUUGUUUCUGAAUUUGGUAUGUUGGCAUUUCCUGAUAUAAAAACAUUAAAGGAUUGUAUAACCGACGAGGAGCAAUUAUAUCCCCAGCUGGAGACCAUGGACCAUCAUAAUAAAUCUAUUGGUUUCGAAAGAAGAUUGGCUUUGUAUGUAAUGGAAAAUUUCCUGGUUUCAUCUAUGGCUUUGCCAGACUGGAUUUACAUCACACAGUUAAUGCAGCUGGAUUGCCUUGCGUAUGCUUAUAGGAAUUGGAAGCGUGAAUGGGGCUCCAAAAAUGAAAGAAAAUGUGGUGGGGCAUUAGUCUGGCAAAUCAACGACUGUUGGCCCGUCACCAGUUGGGCCAUCAUCGACUUCUACCAUAGACCAAAGUUGGCAUAUUAUGCUAUUAAGAGAGAAUGCCAGCCAUUAAUGUUGGGAAUUUACAGAACUGAAACCCGGUUGAGACAAUCAGGCGAACCAGACCUCGAAAAACAAGCUCCACUCCAUGACUAUGCUCCUCGCGAGUAUACCAUCGAUGUCUGGGGCGUAAAUUCAAUGUUACAGGAGUUCUCGGGGACAUUGGAGGUGGAGAUAUAUCACUGCGAGACCGGUGAAUUGGUGUCGAAGUUGCCAAAAUCCAAAAUUACGCUAGCACCCAACCAAACCACAGAACUAGUAACCAAAUCUAAGAUCGAUUCCAAUAAGCUUGUAGUGCACGCCAAACUAGUCGAUUCUGCUGGCAAGUUUGUUUCUAACACUAGCGAUUGGCCCCAGCCCCUCAAGUACAUCACAUGGCCAAAGGACACCAAGCUUGAUGUAUCGAUUCCAGAAAACGGCACCCUAAAAUUGUCCACCAAUAAGCCUGUCAAGGGUAUCGCACUAAGUAUCGAAGGUGAUUACUAUUUACAUGAUAAUUCCGUCGAUUUAUUGCCCAAUAACGAUCAUUACAUUAAAGUUGACAAUCUACAAGUGGAUGACGUAGCUAAAAUUUCGGUAAACUACUUAAAAUAG